CUCGACAUGUCAACAUGAGACCACAGCGGAGAUCAAUAAAGAUCCUCACAUCGAUACUGCUGUUCGCCGCGCUCGUAGGCGUAGCAACAGCAGCCGACAAGGGCCAGCCACCACCGCCACCGACCAACGACGAGCUGCGGGAUCUCUUCCCCGCCGAGGAAGACGUCGAGCACCAAGGCGAGCAAGCAGGCCACCACGCCGACAACGCAGUAUACUAUGACGACUACCUCAUGGAUGAGGCCUGCGCGCCGCUCAAGGAGGUGCAUACCCUCCUCGAGGACAUGCAGCCGGACGAGCUGGCACAUCUCGAGAAGAAGCUCGGUGGCGUGUCGCCUGCGCCGCCGCCCGGCACGGGGCUGGGGUACGGCAGCCAGGGACCGGUCGCCGCGACGCUGCGCAUGUUGCCCAAGCUCGUGACGGCGCUGAACCCGCUCACUGUCGUUGCCAAGCUGCCGUUCAUCAGGUCGUCAGGCGAGCGGGGCAGCAGAUCUAGCAGGAGUGGCAAGCUAGCCCGUGAGCGCGGCGAGCGUGUCCUUGCCCUCCUUGACGAGGCCGAGGCGAACGGAUGCCCCGAGGCAAUCGCCCUCAGAGCAGAGGUGUACAUGUUCCCUCCGCGCGGCAUCGCCCAGGACUUGUCCAAGGCGUUCACGGCGUACUCUCGCUUCCUCGAGGUCUCGUCAGAUCCUCACGUGCAGUUCAUGGUUGGCUUCUUCUACGCCACUGGGCUCGGCGGCGCCGUGCUUGACCAGGCGCGUGCGACAUUACUCUACACCUUCUCGGCGCUGCAGGACUACCAGCCCGCGCAGAUGGCUUUGGGAUACCGCUACUGGUCGGGCAUUGGUGUCAAGGAGGACUGCACCACCGCUCUCGACUACUACGAGCGCGCGUCAAUCAAUGCCUAUAACGCGUUCACAAGCGGGCCAGCUGGCGGACUCACACUGCCUCUGAUUGCUUCUCGACUUGCUGAUAAACUCGGCGGCAUCUUUGGUCCCCACGCCUCGUGGUCGUCGACCGGCGUCAACCAGCAUCGCCAUGUCAUCAAGGCCAGCAUGGACGCCGCGCGCGGGCAGACAGAGGCCGAGGUGCUCAAAUUCUACCAAUUCCAUUCAGAUCGCAACCAGAUCCUCUCGACAGUCCGCCUCGGAACGUACUACUACCACGGAACAAUCUACCCACACACUGGGGCUGAGGAAGUGGGAGAGAUCGGCCGCGACUUUGAGGCCGCCCGCCGACACUUUUAUGUCGUCGCCAAGCGCAUGUGGCCCGCCGAGUUUGACAAGGACGGCAAGGCUGCGCCCCCGCUAGUCAUGACGGACCAAGAAAGGGACAAGAUCCACGACCCCGUCAUGAUCGCCGCGUCGUACCUCGGCCGCAUGGCACUUCGAGGCGAGGGCAUGCCCAAGGACUAUGUGCUGGCGAGACUGUGGUACAACCGUGCCGCCCAGCUUGUGAGUUUUGUGUGCACCAACUCUGCUGACAGCGUCCAGGGCGACCGUGAAGCCUACAACGCUCUUGGCGUGAUCCACCGUGAUGGCCUUGGAGUUAAGGCCAAUGCCGACACGGCUCUUGCCUACUUCAAGACGGCCGCCGAUCCUCCUGGCAGCUUGGCCGAUGCGCAGAUCAACCUGGCAAAGAUGUACAUCAAGAACAAGUUGAACCAACAAGCCCACACCCUCCUGCAGUCUGCCAUUGCGCAUGGCUCGCCGUUUGAAGCAUUCCACCUCCUGGCCACGCUUCACCUCGAGGAGGCAAGGGAAGAGGGCGACAAGUCUGGCAGCUGCGGCGUGGGCUUGAGCUACUUUAAGCGCGUCUCUGAAACGGGCAGCUGGGACCACGACUACAUUGGAGAAGCCGAUCGUGCAUGGGGCCGCGGUGAGCAAGAUAAGGCGCUUCUGGGAUGGUGGAUCGCCGCCGAGACUGGGUCCGAGCUUGCCCAAAACAAUGUGGCGUUUGUCAUCGACGGCCAGACCGAAGCCUUUGGCGCGCCACUGCCCGCAGAAGCCGCAAUUACCCUCUGGGUGCGCAGCGCGGCCCAAGGCAACGCCGACGCCAUGAUCAAGGCGGGUGACUACUACUACAGCGGAUUGGUUUCAAACGUCACCGAAGAACCCGAGCCGGAUUAUCAGCGCGCAUUGGUCUACUACCAGGCGGCGUCGGACAAGUACUCGGCCAUGGCGUACUGGAACCUGGGGUACAUGUACGAGAACGGGCUGGGUGUCACGCGCGACUGGCACCUGGCCAAGCGCAACUACGACAUGGCUCUGGAGACCAACACGUCGGCGUACCUGCCGUGGUUCUUGAGUCUGAUCAAGCUGUACCUGACAAGCUGGUGGGUGGACUUUAAGACGCGCGGUGCAGUCCCGGGGCUGCCGCUGUUUGAGGAGGCCGACGACACGCCGACUCUGUGGGAGGGGAUCAAGGGGCUGUUUGUUGCCCCGCCGCUGGACCAGGAUGUCGCAGACAAUCUUGACGACGAUGGCGAGUACGACGUGUCUGCGUCUGGGUGGGGUGCUGGUGAGCAGGACCUCGAUGACCUGGGCGACAUUGUCGAGAGCUUGGUGAUUAUCGGCCUUGUGGGCGUGAUCAUGCUGCUGUUUUGGCUGCGUGGUCGACGACCAACAAGCAUGAUCGGGGCGUCGUCGUUGCAGCCCGCAUCGCCGCCGCCGCCCAGCGAAGGCUGGAGCGCGUCUCCGCACUCGUCUCACGCGAGCACGGCGCCGCAGUCGCCCACGCCGAGCAGACUGAAACGCUUAUCGCUGGUGGCGAGGCCGCGUUCCGGCACGGGGAGCACGAGCGCAAGCGACGAGCUGCGCGUGCCGCCGAGUCCGAGCCCACUAGGUGCCAGCGGGGCCACGGGCGCCGCAGCAGACGACGACGACACGCCGACAGCGACGCCUGGCCCCGGCACAACCGCCGACGAACCCCUAUCGCCGACCCCGUCCCGCCGCCCACGGCCCGCACACGCCGCGCGCUCGAGCAUAUCGUACACGCCCGGCAGCAGCGGCGUGCGCGAGAAGCGCGGGAGCGUGCCGAGUCUCGCGGCGCUCGCGGAGCGCGAGGACGGCGGCAGCAAGCCGGACGCGGGGCUGACGCUGACUGAGCGCCACGCCGACCUCCUGCGCAUGAUCGCGAUGCGCGAGCGGCGCGUCAACGAGCUGCGCCAGGAACUGGCCGCACAAGAGCGCGCGCUCGACGCCCUGCGCGCCAAGUGGACGUCGGUCGCGAACCGCGGCCUCGUGGCUGAGGCUGCGCCGGCCGGCCUGGCGGGCGCGCACAUCCGCAACGUGACGAAGAGGCGCAGCCCUGCGGCCGUGGCCGCCGCCUUGCCCGACACGACGGGCGAGCGGGCCGAGGCCGAGCCCCGCGCUGCCGACGAGCCGUCGCUAUCCGCGCUCUUCUCGGCCUCGGCGGUCGAGGAGACGAUCCAGGAGGGCCGACGGUUCUGGGGCAAGCUCGUGCGCACCGUCGGCGCCGCGGCGGCGGGCACGGUGCCGGAGGAGGGCGUGAGCGGCUUGACGGCGAUGCUGCCCAGCUUCAGCCUGCAGAGCGCGGCUGCAGGGAGCAGCGCGCCGGCGCCGGCGAACGAGGGCCGCCUCGGCGCCGGCUCCGGGCUGGAUAAGCGCCGGCUGUCGGCGCACUCGGCGUCGUCGUCGUCGCGCUCGCGGUCUCCACGCAGCUCGGGCGAGACGCCCCGCCCCUCCGGAGAGGGGAGGGACGCAGAGCGCCAGAGUAAGGCGGCCGCCGCGGUCGCGGGGUACGCGCCGCGCGUGCCCCGGCCCUCGUUGAGCCCUGCCGUCAAGACUGGCAGCGCUAAGCGGCUGCUUACGGGCGAGGGGGAGGCGGAUGCCGAGGGUAAGGCGGACGGCGGGGGAGCUGGCGAGGGUGAGGCGCGCGCCGACGGCGACGAGCCGCCAGCACAGCAGCCCAAACCGCCGUCGCCUGCCCUGCGCCCGCCCGUCACCGCCAUGCUCGAGACGGUCGGCGUGGGCUGGUAG